GCGGCCUUGGUAUUCGCAGUCGAAUGUAAGAACGAGAAAGUGGACAAGAUGUGGAGCUGGAUGGCUGAGGAGAUUGAAGAGCGGCAGCGAUUGAAAAAGGAGAAAGAGGAGGCCAAGAAGAAGGAGGAGGAUGAGAAGAUAAAGAAAGAGGCAGAAGUGAAGCAACCGGCGGAGGCCAAGGACAAGGACGAUUUCAAGGCAAGUAUAGGAAGGAUGGUACAGGAGCAGAUGUGUACCGUGUGUGAGGAAGUAUUAGGAAGGAAGGUGAGACAAGAUGAGCGACCUUUCGUUGCCGUGACUACCGAAAUCCGAAGACGUGCGGACGCUGACAGUCAAAAGGCUGUGGAAGAUGAGGUUCUACGAAAGAAGGAUCUGGAGAUUGGCCGACUGAAGCAGAUGGUGGCGGAAACGCAAAGACAAGUAUGUCAACCACAGUCCGGUCAACAUGAGCAAGAGCUGAAUUCCCUGCGUAUGGACAACCAGCAUUUGAUAAAAGACGUUAUCAGUCUGAAGGAGCAGGUGGGAGAACUUCUCAAAUUGACGAAGCCGGUUGCGGGGGUGGCUAAUGCUACACCGACAGUAGCCAAGGAGAAGGGGAAAGCGAUUUACACUCCGACCGCUGGAGACUAUGUCAAGUUGUCUGAGGCGUACAGGAGGAUGCGAGACGAGAAGGAUUUAGCCGAGAGAGAAGUUCAUGCACUAAAAGAAAGGAUUAAUAGGAUUGGGGCUGCUACGAGUACCCCGACGAGCAUCAAAAGGAAGAGAGUGAUGCGUAAGAGUGUUUCGCCGCCCUCCAAUCUGCGGAUCAGACUGAGCAAAGCAUCUAGUCCUGCUAAGCACAAGGGUAGUGGAGAGAAGGGAUGUACCGGCGUGAAAUUUAUCAAGCUGAAAGACGAAACGCGAGAGGAUUUCAAUAAACGAGUAUGCGUCGAGCUGUCCAAAUUAAAGAAGAAGGAGAUCGAAACGUUAUGUAAAGAAGAACAUUUGGAGUAUGUCACCAUCAAGACUUCCGCUGCUGAUAUUGCUGACGCUUACACCGAUCGUGCAUUUGGGAAGUUGGCCGAUAAUACCGAGACACAUGAAGAUUCGAAGAUGUCGGAAGAUGUGGCCAGUAGCAGUGGACGUGACGGCGAUGAAGAGGAGACUACGUCCGGCUGCUAGGAACUGCCACGGAGCGUCGGUGAACUCAAGGAUCUGGCUCUAGCAUGUAGAGACUUACGAGGAAAUCGAAGAUUGCAGCGAGAUAGCAAGAUCGAUGGUGUAUUUCGGCUUACGGUCAUCUUUCUCAUUCUGCUUCAACAAAUUUCAUGGUGUAUG